AUGGCGGGGUUUGAUAUUGGUGCCCCGCGAUGUCUGUCAAGACGAUGGGGUAAGCUCGAGGCCAAACGACGAUUUCGGGCGGGCGGCUUUUUGAACAAUGGCGAUGGAAUUCUCCCUCCGACGAUGCACUUGAACACCCGCCGCGGCAUCGGCCUGCUGACUCAGCCACUUACUGCCUCAGGCUGCAUCGGAAUACCUAUCCCAGUUGCAUCUGGUAACGAUGACCAGGAACACGAGAUGAAUUAA